AUGAAUCAAGUUCUUUUACUGUAUAAUAGUACUGUUAUUUGCCAUUUUAGUUGCCAAGUACAGUUAAUCAAGGCAUUACAAGGAACUGAAACUGAUGCAACAAUGCGUCAUCUGGUUGCUACUACCAUCAGUGAAUUAGACCUUCGUGAAAAGACUGAAUUUGUUGAAUCGCUUCGUAAUGUGCUGAUACCAUUUACAAUUGAAGGAAAUGCUUGCAAAGCAUUUGAAUGUACAAGUGCCGAUUUGGAGAAUGUUCUAAACGCCAAUAAUGUCGAUUCACUGAUAGAACUAUGGAAGCUGACAUUUACUCAAAUCAUUCCGACAUUGGAUGCUAUGCUUUACCCUCUGAAGGUUUUCGACAGCACAUUUGAUCUUCGAAAAACAAUCUUGGCAGCAUUCAGGGAUCGUGUUUUGUCUAGAAUACUUUUGAAUGUUCGAAUUUCAUUGCCCAGUAUACAGUCAAUAAUUUUUUAUAUUUCAUUUGUUACCGCUGACAACAGCACUGAAUAUGUCACAUUUAACAGUAUUGCUGAUAAGGCAUUGGGUCUAAAAACUGAUGAACCGGAGUCGUCUGAAGCCGACAAUGGCAGUAAAAAUUUGGAAAAGGUAAUAAAUAUUUCUUUUCUUUUGACGUAA